CGGGUCCCGACUCCAGCGAGCACAGCAGCGGUUUUCUAUUUUGCACACACGUUCUUUUGUAUAUACUGUAUAUGAUGACUUCGCUGAGCAGCGACCAUUCCCGAGGUGCUCGAGAAAAAACUCAGAUCUCAACCACACAGUCAGCACAACUCCAGAAGCAAGUAAUACAGGCUACAGCUGAACAGAUGCGUCUCGCUCAAGUGAUCUUUGAUAAAAAUGACUCCGAGUUUGAAGCUAAAGUUAAGCAGCUUAUGGAAGUGACAGGAAAAAACCAGGAUGAAUGUAUAGUGGCUCUCCAUGAUUGUAACGGAGAUGUGAACAAGGCUAUCAAUAUAUUGUUGGAAGGAAAUUCAGACACAACUUCGUGGGAGACUGUAGGGGGGAAGAAGAAGAAUUUUGGAAAAGAAGGUUCAGAAAACAAAGAGAACCGAGAGAAGAGAAAUGAGAGGGAAGGGAAUCGUGGGCGUGGCAAUAACCGGAAAGGAAGAGGUGGCAAUCGCUCCAGAGAGUUUAGAGGAGAAGAGAAUGGAAUUGAUUGCAAUCAAGGGGACAAGCCAUCAGACCGUGGCAAGCGAGCUCGUGGUAGAGGAUUUGGACGUGGCCGAGGGAGAGGAGCUGGAAGAUUCUCAACCCAAGGCAUGGGGACAUUUAAUCCUGCUGACUACUCAGAAUCUCCGUCUGCAGAUGGCUCUGUGAUGAAACCAGUAGUGAGGGAAGCUGUUCAGAAUGGUACAGUUGAGGGAACUGGGGCCUGGAAAAAUUCUGUGGAAGAAUGGACGACAGAAGACUGGACUGAAGAUCUUUCUGAAACAAAAGUCUUCACUGCCUCAUCUGUUCCAGCGGAGAAUCAUGUCACACCUGGGCAAAGCAUUGAUCUAGUAGCCUUGCUCCAGAAGCCUGUUCCUCACAGCCAAGCAUCAGAAGUCAACUCCUUUGAAACGUCCCAACAAAAGGGCUUUGGCCAAGCCCUUGUCUUCACAAAUUCUCAGCACAGCAAUCAGAUGGCACCAGGGACUGGCAGCUCCACUGCUGUCAACUCCUAUUCUUCUCAAAGUCUGUCAUCUGUCCUUGGUUCGGGAUUUGGAGAGCUUACACCUUCAAAAAUGGCCAACAUCACAAAUUCCCAGAUUUUGGACCAAUUGAAAGCUCCAAGUUUGGGCCAGUUUACUACCACCCCAAAUUCACCGAAGAACUGUACAAGCCCUGCCACAACCACUUCUUCUUGGGACCUCAAGCCCUCAGUCUCCCAGUCUUCAGUCUUGAAUCAUUUUGACUUCAAAUCUCAGCCUGAGCCAUCCCCAGUUCUGAGCCAGCUGAGCCAGAGGCAGCAACACCAGACUCAGGCCGCCGCUGCUCCUCCUCCUGGGCUGGAGUCCUUCUCACCUCAGGCAAAGCUCCGAGAAUCAGCCCCUCAUGACAGGACCUCCACUGUGAACAAACUCCUGCAGCUCCCCACCAUGGCUGUGGAUAACAUCGCUGUGACUCCCCACCAGCCACAGCCAAAGCACAUCAAGCUCCCCAAGCGGCGGCUGCCUCCCACCUCAAAGAUCCCGGUCUCUGCUGUGGAAAUGCCUGGUUCAGCAGAUGUCACUGGGUUAAAUGUACAAUUUGGUGCCCUGGAAUUUGGAUCAGAAACUUCUCUCGCUGAAUUUGGAUCAGCUACAAGUAAUGAAAAUAGUAACCAGAUUCCCAUCAGCUUGUAUUCAAAGUCUUUAAGUGAUUCUUUGAACACCUCUAUACCAAUGACCGGUGCAGUACAGAACUCUACCUACACGACCUCUGUCAUCACCUCCUCCAGUACUUCCAGCUCAGCCCUGAGUGCCAGCAGCCCCAUGACUGCCUCUUCCGCCUACAGCCAGAGCCCUGUGCCCAACAGGGGCCCGUGCCAAAGCACUGUGAUUCCAGCCGAGGCUGCACCGGGUGCCGUCACGAAUGGACAUGUUGGUAGUCGAAGUCAGCCAAUAUUAGACACGACUUCAUCCGUUCCAGUCUCCAAAGCGACUGACCCUCCUGCCCUCACAUCUGUAGGCUCCCUGCCCAGCACCACCUCCUGCAGUGCUCUUCUGCCUUCCACAGUCCAGCACACGGCCACUUUGCCCUCCAUGUCCCAGCCGGGUGACCUGUCUAGCAGCCCCCUCUCCCAGCUUAGCAGCCAUCAGAGCAGCCUCUCCUCCAGCACAGCACACACACAUACCAGUGUGGAAAGUGCCUCCUCCCUGCAGCCCACCGCCACCUUCUCCACGGCCACCACCUCCGCCUCGAGUGCCACCUCUACGGGGCUCAGCCUGCCCAGCAGCAUCAAUACCGCCAGUAGCAUCUGCCUUGGUGGCCCCCCUGGGAGUGCCCCCAGCAGUAGUGCCAGGGCUACACCUUUGGUGACCUCAGGCAAAGCACCCCCCAACCUGCCCCAAGGGGUGCCACCAUUGCUGCAUAACCAGUACCUCGUGGGCCCUGGAGGACUACUUCCGGCCUACCCGAUAUACGGCUACGAUGAGCUCCAGAUGCUGCAGUCUCGGCUGCCAGUGGAUUACUAUGGAAUCCCCUUUGCAACGCCAGCCGCCCUUGCCAGCCGAGAUGGAAGCCUUGCUAAUAACCCCUAUUCAGGUGAUGUCGCCAAAUUUGGCCGAGGUGAUUCGGCAUCCCCUGCACCUCCCACUACCUUGGCUCAGCCCCAGCAGAGCCCCUCCCAGGCCCAUCACACCGCCCAGCAGCCCUUCCUGAGCCCUGCACUGCCACCCGGCUACAGCUACACUGGCCUUCCCUACUACAGCGGCGUGCCCAGUGCUUUCCAGUAUGGACCCACCGUGUUUGUCCCUCCAGCCUCAGCCAAGCAGCCUGGUGUGAACCUCAGUACUGCCGCCACCCCGUUUCAGCAAGCUGGUGGCUAUGGCCAGCACAGCUACGCCACAGGCUAUGAUGACCUGACGCAGGGAACAGCUGCUGGAGAUUAUACCAAAGGUGGCUAUGGCGGUUCAUCUCAGCCACAGAACAAGUCUUCAGGCUCUGGGCCGGGCAAAGGUGGAUCUGUGACUUCAAGCACUCCUGGCCUUCCAGAUAUGACUGGUUCUGUCUAUAGUAAGACUCAGACCUUUGACAAACAGGGAUUUCAUGCAGGGACCCCUCCACCAUUCAGCCUACCCUCAGCCUUGGGCUCCCCGGGUCCCCUGGCUCCUGGAGCAGCUCCGGGCUAUGCCCCUCCACCCUUCUUGCACAUUUUACCUGCACACCAGCAGCCCCAUUCCCAGCUGUUACACCAUCACUUGCCACAGGACGCCCAGAGUGGCGCCCCUCAACGUAGCCAGCCCAGCUCUCUGCAGCCAAAGUCGCAAGCCUCUAAGCCCACCUAUGGCAAUUCUCCGUACUGGACAAACUGAACCCGAAGAGUGGAGUGGGCUAGGGCAAGCCUACCCUGUGCAGGAGAAAACACUUGGAGCCCUUUUCUGGGAACCCAGCCCCCCUUCCUAGAAUUCCUGAGACAUGUAACUGUGUCAGCUGAGCCUCUGUGGGGACCUGCCUCCCAGACUCGCUCUUGUAUGUAAUGUAUUUAUGUAUGUAUUUGUAAAUGUGAUAGAAGUCUCGGGGGAGUGGGUACACAGUGGUCUGUUGUCCCCAUUCAGCCCCCUUGCGCUGUAGAACUGGCCCCUUUCCUCCGCCUUCAGCCUUCCAGAGCCCUGUGCCCACAGGCUGCUUGAGCAGAGUCUGGAAGGACUGGUCCAGGUUGGGGGGACUGGGACCAGGUACCAAUGAAGAAUCACGACUCAUCUUUCUUACAACCUUCUCUGUAACCAUUAUUUGCGUUUUCUUCCCUGUAUAAUUACUUUAUCCUUCUCCUUUGGAGAAAAUGGUCUUUUUGUCAUUUGUUUCUCCCCCACCAAAUCUUGAUCUGGGAAUAGCCCCAACAAAACUGUCACCUGUUUGUCUUCAUAGAUAGCAGGGGCUUCCACAUCUGGUAUUGUCCCCAGAGACUUGCCUUCCUCUGGUUGACUAUUUUUAAAAUAAUCUGAACUUGUGCUCAGAGAGUUCCAGCCAGUCCUUUUUUUUUUUUUAAUCAAAGCUCUGCUUUCACACAGUGAGGCUCCUCUAUUCCACUGUCCUGAAGCAGCUGGGCGACUGUUUCAGUUUUCUCAUUGGCCCAAACUCCACCUAAUAAAGUUCUGAGAGCAUC